UGCGUCGGCCGCCAGAGAGGGAGAGUUAGUGGCUGCGGCGAGGCGGGUGCUGCUCUCGCCGCGCUGCUGCUGCUGCCCGGCCGCCGCUUCGGCCUCCAAGAUGGCGUCGGCCCUGGAGCAGUUCGUCAACAGCGUUAGGCAGCUCUCGGCCCAAGGGCAAAUGACUCAGCUUUGCGAACUAAUCAACAAAAGUGGAGAACUGCUAGCGAAGAAUCUCUCUCACUUGGAUACCGUGCUUGGUGCUCUCGAUGUGCAAGAACACUCUCUUGGGGUCCUUGCCGUUUUGUUUGUGAAGUUUUCUAUGCCCAGCGUCCCGGACUUUGAAACAUUGUUCUCACAGGUCCAGCUUUUUAUCAGCACUUGUAACGGGGAGCACAUCCGAUAUGCCACAGACACUUUUGCUGGCUUGUGUCACCAGUUGACAAAUGCUCUUGUGGAACGGAAGCAGCCCUUGCGAGGAAUUGGAAUUCUCAGGCAAGCCAUAGACAAAAUGCAGAUGAAUACCAACCAGCUGACCUCAAUACACGCAGAUCUAUGCCAGCUCUGUUUGUUAGCCAAAUGCUUUAAGCCUGCCCUCCCGUAUCUAGAUGUGGACAUGAUGGAUAUCUGUAAAGAGAAUGGGGCAUACGAUGCAAAGCACUUUCUAUGUUACUACUACUAUGGCGGAAUGAUAUACACUGGGCUCAAGAACUUUGAACGAGCACUCUACUUCUAUGAACAGGCUAUUACUACUCCUGCCAUGGCGGUCAGCCACAUUAUGCUGGAAUCUUACAAAAAAUAUAUCCUAGUUUCGUUGAUACUACUUGGCAAAGUGCAGCAGCUGCCGAAGUACACUUCCCAGAUAGUGGGUCGGUUUGUGAAGCCCCUUAGCAACGCUUACCACGAAUUAGCGCAGGUGUAUGCAACCAAUAAGCCCUCGGAGCUGCGGAAUCUGGUGAACAAGCACAGUGAGACCUUCACCAGGGAUAACAACAUGGGCUUGGUCAAGCAGUGCUUGUCGUCUCUCUACAAGAAGAACAUUCAAAGGCUAACGAAGACUUUCUUAACCUUGUCUUUGCAAGACAUGGCAAGUCGAGUGCAGUUGUCAGGGCCCCAGGAAGCAGAAAAAUACGUCCUUCAUAUGAUAGAAGAUGGUGAAAUUUUUGCAAGUAUUAACCAGAAAGAUGGCAUGGUCUGUUUCCAUGAUAAUCCAGAGAAAUAUAACAACCCAGCAAUGCUUCACAACAUAGAUCAAGAGAUGCUGAAAUGUAUAGAACUUGAUGAAAGACUGAAAGCCAUGGAUCAGGAGAUCACUGUGAACCCUCAGUUUGUGCAGAAAAGUAUGGGCUCCCAAGAAGACGAAUCAGGCAGCAAACCCUCCAGUUACUCUUGAAAAUCCCAUUCCGCUUGCUACUCUGUUCUAGAGCCAAAAACAAGCUAAAGAGAACCACCUUUUAGGAUCUGAGUGUUUAAAAAGAAAUAUCCCUCUCAACCAAGCAAGAGGACUGACUUGACUGUUUCACCUGGACCUGGAGGAAAUAUAUAUAUAUAUUUACAUAUAUAUAAAUGAUGUCUUUUCAGUACCGUAUGGAUUAAACAAAGAAAAUGACCUUCAAAGAAAUGGAAAAAAUAUCUCAUUCUGUUGUGGAUUAACAUUGUUUAUGCAUUAAAUAAUUUACUUUUUGUUUUA